AACUACAGAGGGAAAAUACGUAGGCUAUGUAUUACACCAAGUGGUGAAACGAGGGGGAAAGUUUUUUAUUUUGAUUUAUAUCGCCCCGAUUGUUGGCACACAGCGGGGUGAUUUAAGGGCAGGCCGAAAAAAAGACUGUAGGAUGUGGAUCUGGUAUCUAUUACUUGGUUCGGGAUCGGGCACUGGCUCGGUUGAGAGCCAGCUCCUCCCUGGGAACAACUACACCACGGAGUGCAACAUUCCCGGGAUCUUUAUGUGCGGAGAUGGGAAGUGCAUCCCAGGAGGCUGGAAGUGUGACGGUUAUCCUGACUGCUUUGACUCCAGCGACGAGAAGGGAUGCCCUAAGGUGAGGUCCAAAUGUGCGCCCACCUUCUUUGCCUGUGCUAACGGGAUGCACUGCAUCAUCGGACGCUUCCGCUGUAACGGCUUCAACGACUGCCCCGACGGCAGCGACGAGGAGAACUGCACUGGAAAUCCUCUGUUGUGUUCAGCCGCACGGUUUCACUGUCGGAAUGGCCGUUGUGUAGACCGCAGUUUUCUCUGUAAUGGAGAAAACAAUUGCCACGACAACACAGAUGAGGAAAACUGCCUGACCACUGAACAGGCUCCCGGGGAGGACGUGGUGACCCUGGACUACCGGCUGCGUUACUACCCGAGCAUCACCUACGCGGUCAUCUGCAGCGCCGUCAUCUUCGUCCUGGUGGUGGCGCUGUUGGCCCUGGUGCUGCACCACCAACGCAAGCGCAGCGUGCUGCUGCCGCGCGUGGCCCGCGUCGGGGCCAGAGGCGGGCCGCACCACCAGCCCCUGCUGCUCUCGCGCCUGCUCAUUGUGGAGCGGGGACACGCCCAUCACCACGGCAGCGGCGGCAUCAGUCCAGGCCACGCCCUGGCCGCUAGCCCCGCCUCUCCGCCGCCGGGGCUGCAGCUGCUCGCUAGCGCCCUCUACCCGCCGACAUCGCCAUCGCACGCGCCCCCCUCCUACUCACAGGCUGUGCUGGAUGCCAGUAGGCCUCCAUGGUUUGACCUGCCCCCUCCGCCCUACCUUCCCGAGGGGGAAGUACCAGCCGACAGAGAACUGCCCAGUUACGAGCCCCCCCAGCCCGCUACUCACCGAGAACACCCCCACCGGACUGGCCACACCCCCACCGAGGAGAGUGACCAGCUGUAAGCCUGAGUUUGGGCUGCAGCCAGAGAAAGAGAGAGACACUUGAGGAGAGAAAUGGACGGACUGCAGAUCUCUUGCCUCAAACCCUGCCAGACAGCUCCCUCUGCUGGAUGUCUGGUGGUAUGACACUCACAAUCCCCCUUAACAUGGAGAGUUGGUUCUUUCUGCCUCCCCCCUUAACAACCUUCUGUAAGAGAGGAGGACAAGAGACUGACCCUCAUGCUUGCAUACGCUACAGCAGUUCUGUUCACUUUUAAAGGGUUCAAGUGGAACCAUCUGGAAGGACUCUCUUGUGAGAUGGACAACAGAGUACCCGAAGAGGAACAUCCCUUGAGCAGAACAUAGCCUGAGACGAGCACAAGACGAGCACUUAUGCCUAGAGAUGUCUUUUUUUCCCCCAAAGGGGACUAUGUCACGUUAGCUGUGUAAAGUGUCACAGACAUGGGCAAUAAUAAGAUGUGUCUUAUGUUAGAGCGUAUGUGGUGUACAGUAUAUAUGUGUAUAUAGUGCUAGGGCAUGAGUAUCUUAGCCGUGCCGGACCGAACGUGGCCGUAGAGGACAGAGCAAGUGGCUGGCUCUGGAGGUGCGCCUCAGGCAUGGUGUCACACACUACACGCCUAUCCUCAACUCUGGUACUCCUGUGCCCAUCAGUUCUCAUCUCAGCCUACAGCCAACCUUCAACCUGUAAGUAAUGCAGGGUAUAUCGCUACACUCCUGACAGCUAGAUGGCAUCUAGAACCUCAGUGGUUGUCUCCAUGGAAGAAUAUUCUCGAAUGUGUUUUUUUUUAGGGUUCUACAGCAUCCAACAAAAGGCUCUUUGCUAAGAAGACGUUGCUUCUGAAAGCCUUAAGGACCCCAGAAAAUCCUGUGGGUUGUUUGUGUUUGUGUCUGUGUGUCUGUCUGUGUGUGUGUGUGUGUGUGUGUGUGUGUGUGUAGGUCUGUGUGUGUUUGUGUGUAAGUGUUUGUCUGCAGUAUGUCUCUGUGUGUGUGUGUGUGUCUGUGUCUGUGUCUGUGUCUGCGUGCGUGCGUGCGUGCGUGCGUGCGUGCGUGCGUGCGCACGUGCGUGCGGCCUUCCAAAAUGUGCCUCGGAGUCUGGUCGAGACGAAGUCUGGCUCUCGUCCUGUCCAUCUCGGUCCCAUUCAUCACUUGGCAUGGGCAGUUUUCUCCCCAGUGGCUGCCUAAAGCGCCGACUGCCUAUCUGAUGGAGUGGGAUGCUUUUAUCCUUCGGUGGAGGUCAUUUCCUCCCAGUCAACCGAUUUGCCACUCCGCUGAUCAGACGCCUGGUGUCGGCCUGCAUCUUUAUUUAUUUCAAGUCUUUCUUUACAAAGGAGCACAGACCUCCUGCGAGAAGGGGCGUUUUGUGUGGGGAACUCUAUUACAGUAGGGUUCAGCAAGAGCACCUUCAGAAAUAUGGAGCUGUGCACUUUAUGUCUUACGAACUUAUUCCUAGCAGUUAUUUCAUCACACGCACACACGCGCACACGCGCACACACACACACACACACACACACACACACACACACACACACACACACACACACACACACACACACACACACACACACACACAUACACACUAUCUCUCGGGAAAUCAUUGCCUUAUGGUGGCUGUCUUGGCCGAGUCACCCAAGUGCCACUCAUUUGCUUUGGAGUCGAGGAACAUUACUGGUUUAUGCUGGAUUCUAACCCCUCACUCUCCCACCCCCCAACUCCCCAAAAUUCCAGCCAGACGCAUCGGUGCAGACAACCGUUAAAUUAAAAAAAUCAAACUCAAACUGGUGACAAUCUAAGUCAAAAUCAAAGAUGUGACUUGUCAAAACUGCCAUCGAAAUGUACUGACUCUCUCUUCUAGAGCAGAAUUUGCAUUUAUCCCAGAGUUCACUCAAGUCCAGUGCAGUCAUCUCAUUUCUUUAGGGUGUGAUACCCUGGCAGGACUUUAGUCAGCGUGACUACAUAUCAACGUAUUUAAUAAUAAAUGACCAAGUUAGGAUCUAGACGUGAAUCAGUGCGUUAGCUCUCAAUUGCAUGACGAUUAGCAUACGGUGAUUUACUAACAUGUAAUGUUUUGAAACAAUGAAUCGCAGCUCAUUGUGCUAUGAAGUAUAUUGUUCAAAAAAAGUGUCAUUUUGUUCUCAUUAUCUGUAAUGUGCUCAUUUUGCAACAACUCCAAGUGUUUACUGUAAUAUGAUCUACAGUUGUCCAUGAAAUGUGAAUGUCACUUGCUUCAUUUGAUUUCAAAAUCAUGCUGGAUCUCUUGAAAUUUAGCCAGUGCCUGUGGAUUAGUAGCAACUGUGCACACAGUGUGUGUGUGUGUGUGUGUGUGUGUGUGUGUGUGUGUGAGAGAGAGAGAGAGAGAGAGAGAGAGAGAAGGAAAGCAGGACAUUGCAUGCAAGAUCAUCUCAACAUUGUAAAUCUUCCACACUAAAAUUUGAAACAUUACUGUUAUGAUCGAACACUAACACAUUUGAAAUAACACUUUUUGAUGCUCAUGCACUCAACAGAAGGCAAAAGAUGACAUAUUGUCACAGUAGAGUUGUGAUAUGGAUACAUAGAUACAUUUGAAGGAUAACUGACAGCUAUACCAAUGUGUAUUGUUGAAGUGGAAUUCACCCGUUAAGCCUUAGUAGAUUGCAAAAGAGAGCAUUUUGGUCAUGGAUGAACUGCUGAUCUUGAGUCAGAUGUCACUUACUACUAUGUGGUUUAUAUUCCAGUGUUUCUAGAUUCAAGGCUGACAAAUCAAAUACACUAAAAUCAACAGCCACUACCAGUGCCAGGCCCUGUCCCCCACCCCCUCUCCUUCUUCAUAAUAUAUGACAAUAAAUGUAU